UUUAGGUCGAGUGCUGCGUCGCUCUCCACAGAAGAACAACACGGUUUCUUUAGCUCCUAAAUUUAGCGCCGACUGACGCGAGAAAUCGCUCAACGAUGACGGAGCGCAAGGACCCGGAAAUGCGCUCACAAUUCUGCUGCUGUGAAUAACCCAAAGUAUUUUUAGCAGAUGUGAUCAUCUGGUGUAGUAUAAAGGGAAGACGCAGAUGUAAAAUGCAGUUGUACAGCAGCGCGCUAACACACUACCCAGGAUCAUCGCGGACAUUUACAGUGACUGUUACUGCGAGGGGCGGAAACACACAGUUCCUGUCAAGUUCUAACACCGUUAAGGAAACUAACGCAGAAGGUUCGGCCGGGGACAUUUGUACAGACACGAACAUGACCGCGUUUUCGUGCUACGAGGCCUCACUGAGGCCCGUUUAUUACACGUCCAAAGCGGAGAUUGUCAUCACAAGGCCGAAUGGUGUGGAGAACUGUGUCCCUGUUCAGAUCAUGAAGGAUCUCCACAAAACCUGCGAUACUGCAGAUGUAUACAGAAGUCCGUUUAAAGACAACAUUGAUCAGUCACGUGGGGAUUUGAGUAGUGAUGAUGAGCACAGAAGGAGCAACCUGAACAUUUUUGAGGAUAACAAUGAGAUAACUGAUACCAACUCACUCAAUUUUCAUAGCUUGUUAAGGAGAAAUUGUGGCAGAGUGCAAAAUGAAUUGGUUUAUGUCCCUGACGAGGUUGAAACUACAAAAAAGAUUUCACAAAGCAUUCCAUUAACUUGCAAAUGGGAAAACUCAUCUGAAGUAUUCCAAAACCAAAGUAAGCUGAAAUGUCAGCAGAAGGAUGAUGAUGAAAUGUUAGAUGACCAAGUGUUGAAGCUACAUGUACUCCAAGAGCAUGCAAGCAGGUCUGACCUCAAUGAGAAGGUUAGCCAGUACCUGGCUGAGGUGGAGAAACAGAACAAAUACCUUCAAGAGCACAAGAAGUAUCGUUUUUACAUCAUCCCAGAUGGAAAUUGCCUGUAUCGAGCAGUGUCAAAAGCAGUAUAUGGUGAGCAGUCAAUGCACAGUGAGCUAAGAGAGCACACAGUGCAUCACAUUGCUGACCACCUGGAUGAGUUUGUUCCUAUUAUUGAAGGUGAUGUGGGUGAAUUUCUAAUCAGUGCAGCACAGGAUUGUGCCUGGGCUGGCUACCCUGAGUUACUGGCCAUGAGUCAAAUGCUGAAUGUAAAUAUCUACCUAACCACAGGAGGCAGUCUAACAAGUCCCACUGUCUCCACCAUGAUACACUAUCUGGGUGAGGAAGACCUGACAAAACCAGCCAUUUGGUUGAGUUGGCUGAGUAAUGGCCAUUAUGACGUGCUGCUGGACUGUAGCCUACCCAACCCAGAGUAUGAUGACUGGUGUCUGUGCACACAGGCUCAACGACAACGUGACGAGGAACUAGCCAAGUCUAUGGCGGCUACUCUGUCCAAAAUGUACAUUGAGAAGUUUAACCUUCAGUAAACUUUUUAGUCGCAGGAUUUUGUAAUCUGUAAAAUACAUUUCUGGAUCCAUGGUGUUUUGAUUCUUCAAAACUGAUGGCUUAAAUGACCCAAAUCUUUAGAAAAUAUCUAUCGAUCUAUUUUGUUCCUUUUGAAUAAAGUUCUGCACGGUGUAUAUUUCCAGAUGUGCCAUGGCACAUUUUUUUGAAAGCCAAAAGUUAUUUUAUGAUUUUGUUGCCAGAAAUGUUAGUCACAUUUCAAACAAUAUAUAAUCUGACUUGAUAAAUUGGUUGAUUUGAUUUAUGAAUUAUUUUAUGAUUUGAUCAAUAUUAAUAAAAUUUGAUUUAAAAAAAAUCAUUUCUGCAUGAUCAGAGACUCUUGAUCAUUGCAUUGUCUUGAUCGUCAUGAGACGAUCUAAAUUGUAAUUUCAUCAGGCACCCUUUACUGUGGAAUCUUAUCCUCAUGCUGUAUUUUUAUAUAUUUUAGUGGGUUGCACUUCUGAUUUCUCAAGCGUUUUUAUUCCCUUAUUUAUUGUAGUUUGGUGUAUUUUUAUAUUGUAUAUUCCAUUUACGUGCAGUGCACAUUAGGAGUGUAAUAUGCAGAGCAAGUGCAUGAAUAUUGUCAUUGUGUACAUACCUAAAAUAAAUACAAUUUUGCAUA